CUUCAGAUCACUUUGCGACUCGCUUCACUGCACUCAACACUAGAUCGUGAUUCUGAUAAUAGCCGAAGAAGAGGACGACGCGGUUUAUUCAUGAUGCUGGUGUGAGACAACAGCAGCAACCACAUUCCUCGCAAACACAUUCCAAUCGCUUCAACACCGGCAAGCUGCUCCAUGGCGGCGCCGAAUUCACCACACGGCUAUGGCCCACCGCCGGGCUAUGACGACGAGGAAGCACACACACCGACAAACGCAUCGACCAUGCGUCUGCUCACGAGUCCCGAGGAGGGCGUCUACGCAGCGUCAGUACCGCCCAGCAGCAACAAGCCCUCUCCGCAUGAUUUGUUUCUUCGCGCCCAAGAACGGUUGAACAGUCACAACCAGCGAGCGCACCACAGUAGCCAGGACCCUCAUGCCUACCCUCCUCCAUCACCUACAGCUCCAUCGCAUUAUGCCCGCUCAGAAGCUCCUGCGCCCCCGGGCGAAGAGCUCAGCUCCCUCUUGCGCGAGGUCGAGAGCGACUUGUCCCAGUCGAGCGCUCCUCGGUCUGCCGCAGCACACCCCCGAACGAAGCGUUACAAAGUGCGAUUCAAUCAGCAGCAAAAAGGCAGCCUAGAAGAGCAGCCAACGCCAAGCAUGCCAGAAGAAGAAGACAUUAGCUCAUAUAAUCCUUACAGCAGCGGCAGGCCCGACAGUCCCACGAGAAGUUACCGUACAGGCAGCCCAACACGAUCGUACGCGCCACACUCUACCUUGAGCAGUCAGCCGUCCACCUCCAGGCUGGGACGGCCACCAUCGGUGUUGGACAACGCACCAGGCAUGCCUCCCCCGAGCGACUCAUACGACCCUUUCAGACCGAAUUCGAGGGGCUCUACAAGUCCUUCGAAAGCUUUCACGCCACGCGGGAGUCGCGAAUAUCCCAGACCUCCAGCCACGAACGUUCCCUACGAGCCAGCGGACAUCAAUGGCGGACCACGACCAGGCACGCCAUCUUCGGCAUACGGCGGCUCGCCUAGGAGGCCACUGCCACCGCAGCCACUUUUUGCGGCGGGAAGGCCGCCGUCAAUGAUGAGCUUGGAUCCAAAAGAACCAGGCAUGACCGCAAUACCUAUCGAGGACGAUGAUACUGAUCCGUUCGGGCCACCGACUGGAGAUAGUGACCUGCAGCGCCCUAGGCCGGUCUCGCGGCACACUUUCCAGUCGGAGUCCACUCUGACAGAUGACUUUGAAAAGGAGCAUGAUGAAGAUCUGCAUGGCCCUGCUCCCGAUGGCUUCCAACAGAGACGAGGUGCUCGUCCAGCUCAGAUGACGAGGAAGGAAGUGAAGCUGAUCAACGGAGAGCUCAUUUUGGAAUGCAAGAUCCCGACCAUUCUCUACUCUUUCCUGCCAAGGAGAGACGAUGUCGAGUUCACGCAUAUGAGAUACACUGCGGUGACUUGCGAUCCGAACGACUUUGUCGACCGAGGCUACAAAUUGCGCCAGAAUAUUGGCUCGACAACGAGAGAGACAGAGCUGUUGAUCUGCAUCACCAUGUACAAUGAAAACGAGAUCGAUUUCACGCGGACGAUGCAUGGUGUUAUGCGCAAUCUGGCGCACUUUUGCAGUCGUGCAAAGUCCAGGACCUGGGGCAAAGAUGGCUGGCAGAAGAUUGUCGUCUGCAUUAUUUCUGACGGACGCGCCAAAGUUCACCCUCGAACACUGGAUGCGCUGGCUGCCAUGGGGUGCUACCAGUCGGGAAUUGCGAAGAACUUGGUCAAUCAGCGAGAGGUUACGGCACACGUUUACGAGUACACAACACAGGUCUCGUUGGAUUCCGAUCUCAAGUUCAAGGGUGCGGAGAAGGGCAUUGUGCCCUGCCAGGUCAUCUUCUGUCUGAAGGAGAAGAACGCCAAGAAGCUGAACAGCCAUCGUUGGUUUUUCAAUGCAUUCGGACGUGCACUAAACCCAAACGUUUGCAUUCUGCUGGACGUUGGUACCAAGCCGGGCGACGACUCGCUCUAUCACUUGUGGAAAGCAUUUGAUCGCGACUCGAAUGUUGCUGGAGCUGCUGGAGAGAUCAAGGCCGCCAAAGGCCGGUAUUUGAAGGCUCUGAUGAACCCACUGGUCGCCUCUCAAAACUUCGAGUACAAGAUGUCCAACAUUCUUGACAAGCCACUAGAGUCUGUGUUUGGGUAUAUUACCGUGUUACCCGGAGCGCUGAGUGCUUACCGAUACCACGCUCUGCAGAACGACGAGACAGGUCAUGGCCCGCUCAGUCAGUAUUUCAAGGGAGAGACACUCCACGGCCAGGAUGCAGAUGUGUUCACAGCCAACAUGUAUCUCGCCGAAGAUCGUAUUCUCUGUUGGGAGCUGGUUGCCAAGCGAAACGACAGAUGGGUGCUCAAGUACGUCCGAAAAGCGACAGGAGAAACCGAUGUGCCAGACGCCGUACCGGAGUUCAUCUCCCAGCGUCGUCGAUGGCUCAACGGUGCCUUCUUCGCUGCCGUCUACUCUCUCCUGCACUUCAAGCAAAUCUGGAAGACCGACCAUACGAUCACCCGAAAAAUCCUCCUCCACAUCGAGUUUAUCUACCAAUUCGUCCAGUUGCUCUUCACCUUCUUCUCCCUUGGCAAUUUCUACCUGACAUUCUACUUCAUCGCCGGCUCCCUCGCAGACAAACGUGUCGAUCCCUUCGGCCAUGGCAUCGGGAACUUCAUCUUCAUCGUCCUGCGAUACGUCUGCGUUCUCACCAUCAUGGUCCAAUUCAUUCUCUCCAUGGGUAACCGACCUCAAGGCGCUGUCAAAAUGUUCAUGGCCUCGUUGAUAAUCUUCUCGAUUAUCAUGGUCUACAACACGUUCGCGGCCAUAUACAUCGUCGUUCGGCAACUCUCAGACUCUGAGACAAUCAGCUUCGGCAACAAUGUCUUCACCAACCUCAUCGUCAGCACCCUCUCCACGGUCGGCUUAUACUUCAUCAUGAGUUUCCUGUACAUGGACCCUUGGCACAUGUUUACCUCUUCAGCUCAGUAUUUUGCCCUCUUGCCUUCGUAUAUCGCCACCUUGCAAGUCUACGCUUUCUGUAACGCUCACGACGUCACAUGGGGAACCAAGGGUGACAACGUGCUGAAGAAAGAUUUGGGUGUCGCAACUGCCAACAAGAACGGAACUGUCGAAUUGGAAAUGCCAUCGGAACAACUCGAUAUCGACUCUGGGUACGAUGAGGCAUUGAGGAAUCUCCGCGAUCGCGUCGAAGUCCCAGCACCAGGUAUCUCAGAAUCCCAACUCCAAGAAGAUUACUACCGUGCAGUCCGAACAUACGUCGUCAUAGUAUGGAUGAUCUGCAACGCCAUUUUAGCAAUGGCCAUCACAGAAGUCUACGACAACACAAGUGUUGGAGAGAAUUACUACUUGAAAUUCAUCUUGUGGUCUGUGGCUUGUUUGGCACUUUUCCGUGCGAUUGGAAGUUCGGCUUUCUUGGUGAUUAAUGGCGUGCAUUCGAUUGCGGAAGGCAAAUUGAAGUGGAGUGGCAAGGGGAAGAGUGCGAAUGGUAGUGCGAUUGGGGGUACGAAGAGUGUUAGUUCUGCGGCGGGGAGUUGGAAGAGUAAGAUGCCGAGUUGGAUUUCGGAUUCGGGGAGUUGGAUUAGUAGUAAGGCGAGUAGUUGGACGCCGUCGAGUAUUGGGAGUUCGUUGGGGAGGUAGAAGGUACGAGCGAUGAGGGGGAAAAGGGUGGGGGCUUUCGUAUUUGGCGUUCUGGGGUGGAUAUGGAUGCGAUGCGAUGAGACGGACGUCUGGGUUACGAUGCGGCAUGUUUAUAUGGCUAUGGUAGAAGUCCCACGCGCUAUGCUUUUCACGAGGCGGGAUAAGUGGGAUGUUGUGAUGAUUAGGCAUGAGCGAAAAGAGCGAA